GCUGCGCCAGCGCCGCGCGUGAGCCCCGAGCCCGAGGAGACAUGAGCGCCCGGCGGCCCGGCGCACCCAAGGCGCAGCGGCCCGGCCCCGCGGCCCCGUGAUGGGCUCCUGCGUGUCGCGAGAUUUGCUCACAAGUGCCCACAAGGACUGCCCCAUGCCCCAGGGCACGGCCCCCCUGAACCCAGACUUGCCCUCCAGCCGCCCACCCACCGUGGCUCCAGACCAUGUCACUGGCAAGGACAAACAGAUGGAUUUCUGUUGGGAUCCUUGGCAGAGGUGCUUCCAGACCACCAACGGCUACCUGUCCGACUCCAGAUCCUGCUCCAGCAACUACAACGUGGCAGCCCUGGCCACCUCGUCCCUUGUGGGAGUGGUGCAGAGCAUCAAGGACCACAUCACAAAGCCCACGGCCAUGGCGCGUGGUCGCGUGGCCCACCUCAUCGAGUGGAAGGGCUGGAGUGCCCAGCGCUCAGGCUGGGAGCUGUCCGCAGCCGAGGACGAGCAUUACUGCUGCCUCCCAGAUGAGCUUCGUGAGGCCCGCUUUGCCGCAGGGGUUGCCGAGCAGUUUGCCAUCACGGAGGCCACACUGAGUGCCUGGUCCUCGCUGGACGACGAGGAGCUGCACCCAGAGAACAGCCCCCGGGACGUCAUCCAGCUACAGGACCUGGAGAGCAUCUACCUUCAGGACAGUCUUCUGAGCGUCCCCUCGCAGGAUGACAGUCUUCUGGCCUUCUCCUCCCCCGAUGGAUGGCCCUCACCUGACGAGCCCCCCACCAUAGCCUCUGGCCCGCAGCCCCCCAGCCCCGAACAGCAGCACUGGCAGCGGCUACUGGGGGCCCCGGGGCCCGAGGGUGGGGCCCACCUGCAGGGCUCCCUCCCAUCGGUGGACAGUGGCCCCCUCUCGGAGGAGGAGGAUGAGGUGUUCUAUAACUGAGGCGGGAGCCGGAGCCUGCUCACACCGUGACC